UUCAACUCUAAACACACAGAAAGACAGAGAGAAAUGGGUAACUGCCAGGCCAUUGAUGCUGCUGCUUUGGUAAUACAGCAUCCAGAUGGAAAGAUUGAGAGGUUAUACUGGUCUGUUAUGGCUAGUGAGGUUAUGAAGAUGAAUCCAGGUCACUAUGUUUCUUUGAUCAUUCCCUUGCCACCUGCGCCGUCAGAGGACGUAGAAAACCAGGAGGCGAAGAAAGCUGUGCGCUUUACAAGGGUUAAGCUUCUCCGGCCAACUGAUACUCUUGCUCUUGGCCAUGCUUAUAGGCUCGUUGCUUCUCAAGACGUUAUGAAGGUGUUGCGAGCAAAGAAGUCUGCCAAGACAAAGAGGCAGCAGCUAGAAUCCGCUGAGAAGUCGGAGAUGGCAGCAGAGAAGCAAAGUACAGGUCUCAACCCUGGAGAGAAAUCUAAUGCAGAUAAAGCCUUCCAGGGGAUGAAGCAAGAGAGACAUAGCGCACGGAUAGCGUCAGUUAACAGCACUUCAAUGAGGUCAAAAUCAUGGCGUCCCUCAUUACAGAGCAUCUCUGAGGCUUCCAGUACCACCAUGACGGUGAAUGGCCCACAGAAGGGGUGUUAAGAUGCUCAUUCCAUGUGGACUCAUCUUCAACACAAAGGAACUGGGCAAAAUUAGAUACCAAAACCUUUGUCAAACAAGAGCAAAAAAUUCCAACGGUUCGACAGAAAUGAAUCAUCUGUAUAGCUACAACGAAUAGGAGCAAUGGAUCUUAUUUUGUUUUACAGUGAGUACUUUUGUGAUAUGCGGUUUAAAUUAUCUAGUACUAUUAAAGAAGUGUUGGUUGAGAUAGUGAA